AUCUUUAAAGUUGUUUUUUGAAAUUCUCCUCUGUUCUUUGGUUUGGGACCACUGGACCAGUGCAGCGCGGGGACGGCCCGCUUUCUCCUGGUUCCUCGUCCUCCUCGUAGCCGCGCGGCCGUGCCUCACCUGCGUUUCCCGCGACAGCUCGGCCCUACAACGUCGGCGUGCAGCUCCCCCAGCGUCGUCGUCGUGCUAAUUUUUUCUCUGUCUCUCUGGGUUCGUUAGUGAGCACGGCUUCCGCAGGUUCCUCUGAUCACGCAAUGUGGGUUUAAAUCCCCAUUAGAUUCUCAGAAAAUUUUUAAAGAAAUAAUUCAUGUUAUGGAGGUUGAAGAUUGGGCAAGCUCUUUUGAAGGAACAAGUGAUUCUGAGGUCUAUUUGCCUGACCUGAAUGAUGAAGAGCAUUACUAUACAUCUGGUCACAUACCAAAAUUGCAAUUUAGGAAAGAUAUUUCUAAGGCAUGUUGGAAGGAGGAAAUGGGAAUGGCCGAAAUUGUAGAAAAGAGGGGUCGACUGUGGACGACAACUGGAAUAAUUCGUAACAGCAAGGUCUACUGUUUGAUUGAGGAGACUUUGUUUUUGGUUGAAAUAGGUGCCUUGCUCCUCUUGGAUGAUAAUGAUACUUCCUUUUCCUUAAAAGAUCUGUAUGAGAAGAUUGCAGAAGGAAGAAAUGGAUGUUGUUGGGAGUCUUUUCAGGUUUAUAGGCAUUUGAAAUCCCUAGGUUACAUUGUUGGGCGGCAUGGCGUCCCUUGGACUAUGAAGUGUACAAAGAAUCACUCAGUCUCUGCUGAAGGCAUGCGACUAAGGGAUGAUAAAAGUGACAAGAAAUCAGAAGACAGUUGCAUUGCUGGAUUGUUCAAUAAUAUGGAGAUCAGUGAAGUGAAACUAAUUUUUGACGUUUAUCUUCCUAACAGCAAGUUCAAAAAGUCUUCCCCAGGCAGUCCAAAUUUUAUGCUCUGCCUAACCAGGUGUCACCCACCAUCCAAAGAAGAAAUUGAAGGCCUUGAGAGACAAUGCAAUGGCAUUCCUAUAAAGUUUUAUCAUUUAGAGCAUGGGCGGGUCAGUUUUUUCUCUUUCAACAGAGUGGAGCUUCCUAUGCUGCCCUGACACUCCCAUGCAAAUGGUGUUUGAUACUUUGAUGUAAAUUUUCAGCUUGAUUUCUUACCUCAAGAUCCCUCUUACUAACCAUAAUCAAAUAAUUUGGAACUAGAAGAGCUGCUUAUUCCAAAUGGCCACCCAAUCUCCUCCCCCUUAAAUCUUCAUGCAUGGAGUGCAGGUGCGUUUUAGUGGACAAUGUGGAUUAGCCUGACGUAAUAAGGUGGUUUGUUGAAAGUAAGACCUAUUUCCGUGAGGCUUCUCUCUCUUUCUCUUGCUCCUGUGUACAAAUGUGUGUAUGUGCCCUUGGUGGGCUGGACAAAAGUAAUUUUGUUUUUGGAUAAAAGAAUAACUUCAUUACCAGAAAGGAGAAAAAAAUACAAAGAUUAUCUCACAAGAACACAAUUACAGUAAAGGGCCCUUCCAGUCCCUCUGAAGAUUUGACAACAAACUCCCGGAAAAAACAGUGAGCCCAAAAGGAAGCAAGGAAAAAACAACUCUAUCCCAUGGAAGACAAAAGAGCAAAGAUUGUCCAUCUUCACGAGGCUAACCCUUUCUUACUCCCAAAAUCCCUGUAUACACAAAUAAGAAAGUGUCAAUGGACUGGUAGCACCAAAGCCUCAUCAAAAACUGAAAACCGAUAGAUACAAAGCUGCUUAUCUGCCUGACAAGAAACAAGUGGUCAGUUGUAAAACUUGACUCAAAACACAUAAAACAAAUAUCUGGACUGAUAGCCUUAAAAAGGUCUCUGCUCUUGCAACAAAUCAUUGUUAUUUAGCCUAUGAAGAACCAAUGAGGUAUGGUUCACCACUUCACAUAAAAACUUUCCACAAAAUCUGGUGCUUUUCCACAAAAUCCUUUUUCUCUCAGCCCUUGAAAUUCCCAAAUUCUUUAUCUUUCCCCUUGAACAACGGUAUACUUCUGCAUUUUGUUUGACUUAAAUGUCGUGCACUCACAUCAAUUUUAAUGCAUGCACCAAAUAUAUUGGAUUUUGGG